AUGCCCCGCGUAGCGGGCGCCCUCUACUUGUUUUAUCGUAAUACAGGCUAAGGCUGAACAUUGCAGGCCUGGACCUGAGCCCGAUUAGCCCAAAAAAAAAAGGAGCUUGGGCGAGCAAUGAAUCUCCUCCUCAGGCGCUAAGCGAUGGCGCCUGACUUUUUGAUGGGUCAAGACCCGCAGAUGCAUCUCUCAAGCGGUGGCACAAAAUGAAAAUUAAAAAUCAGUCUUUAGGACACAGCUUAGCAUCUGGUGGCAACCUGAUCCCUUCAACGCCCGAAGGAACCGUGAAAAACCCGAGCCUGGCAGCAAUGCCUACCUCCUCUGCCGUUGCUACGCUCGCCGAUGACGUCAAUCACCUGCCGCCUCCAGAAACGGAGCAACAAGGUUCCGAUUCCGAUACAGGAAACGUCGAUGAUGAUGGUGAAGAAGAGGAGAGAGCGGAGGUCGAAGAGGACGAUGAAGAAGUGGAUUUGCCUGGUUCUUCACAUGGAAGCGUCCUCUGUUUUGUAGAUGUAAGUACUGACAUUUUGGAGUCCAGUGGGAAAGGCAUAAAGCUGGGAUCUGGUUAUUCUACUCAGGAAAAAUGUGGAAUGGUGUUACCAUCUAGUAAACUUUCUAUGGGAGACAAUAGUUGCAAUUCCAAAUUAUCUGGUCCUGCAAAUGAACCUUUGAGAACAGAAAAGGAGUAUCGAGGCAUGAAGUUUGAGGUUUCCAUGCAUCCAAUAUCUGCAGUCAGUGAGAAGGAUGCUGGACUGAAUGCUGAUGGCAAGGUUCAUUUGUGUGUUGGUGAUAGUGCCACCAAUUCAUCUAGUGUUACUGGGAAAGAGGUGAUUCCUUCAAUCCCAAUAAGAUGUCAUUCUGGAGAAGUGGUUAAUAGUAUUCCACGUUUUGGGCAAGAAAUUCAGCAAAUUGACAUACAGUCAGUAGAGGAUAGAAAGAGAACGUCAUCAAGGUCUGCUGCUUCUGAUAUGAGGACAGAAGUUAUGUCCCCAGGUGUUGAUUUUAACAAUGAGAACAAACGCCCAGCGAUUAUCUGUGGCUUCUUUGCUAGAGGAUGGUGCAUCAAAGGAAGUUUGUGUAGGUUUCUUCAUGUAAGAGAUAACAUAAAUGUUGCUGACCAACAGACUGAGGGGGGUGCCACCAUUGCUGAUAGGCAACAGGUUCUCCAGCUUGAUGAAGGAUUGAGAAAUGCUACUGAAAGAUCAAAGGCUGCUGCUUCUUCCAAUGCACUGCCUUCAUCAGUUGGAUACAAGUCUCAAUUUCCUUCUCAUAUUUCUUCAGAAGGAAUCCUGCCAUGGAAGCAUGAUGAAAGCCAAAGGUUGCAUUCAUUUCCUGAAGAUAACAAGUUCUCCUCACUCCAGAGAGAGGAUAUAUCUAUGGCUACUUCCCCUUCCUUCAAGCAAUAUUCUUCAUCCAAAGAUGAUCCUGAGUCAUUUAGGGAUGCAAGGAAAGAGAGUGAAGGUCAGAAUUUGCCUGCUGACGAUUACAUGAAAUCUUCUUCACAUGUUAAUGUUGGAAGUUCCCCGGUGUUCAGGAGCAUCUUUCUAUCUGAAUUUAGAUCUUCAUCAAAUGGCCCAGUUACAUCUUCAGGAGAUUGCCAGAGUCAGAAUCAGUCCUCUAACAUAAGCAGUCUGGAGGAACUGACUUCUAGAAUUUAUCAUAGACUUAAUUCUCAUUCUUCACUAGGUUUGAGCCAUUUCCCAACCCCAAACUUUAGCAAUUCUUUUCCAGCAAUUGGCAUUUCACCAUCUUAUCGUGCGUCUACUUGGAUAGGAUCAUCUCCUUUUCAUUCUUUCACUUUGAGUUCUAAACCUGAAAAUCUUGCUCUGACUAUCUUGGCUGGGCAUCCAUUGCAGUCUGCUGAUUAUAAAGCAAAAAUUUCUUCUGAUGAUUGGAAACCAUCAGUACCAUUUCGACCAACCUUUUUCAUUAUCCCUAGCACAUCAUCUCCCCAAAGUCAGUAUGAUCCUCUUCAGGAUAGCAUUGACUCGCCAAACUUUGGAGAUAGAGAUUACAAGUUUUCCUUCUCUGCUCCUGGUGUUUCUGUAUUGAAUGCAACAUAUCAGCUGACAUAUAGUGAUUCUACAUCAACUAGGACACCAGGCCGUGAGUGCAAUGGUGAUAAAAGUACUCGAUCUAAUAGAAUCCAAGAAGGUGUUUUGGACAGUAAUCGCCACACAUCUGGAAAGGGUUCACUUGCAACCGAAGCAAAAACAGAAGGAACUUCUGUGGUUGACAUGCAAAUUGGGAAAUUAGUCAAAGAAGAGAUUUCUUCUGAUGCCUCUCAUGUCAAAGGCAUUUCAAAGACAAACAAAGUUGAUAUGGAUUUGGAUGAUAGAUAUCAAAGUGAUUGUUCUAGACACAGAAAAGACAUAAAAGUAGAUAGCUCUGUAAAAAACAAUGAAACAGACAUUGAGCAGAAGUUAGAUGGGAAUGUGCUGAAAGAAUCAAAAGCAGCAAGAUUUUUCCGUGUUGCUCUCAUAGAUGUUGUGAAAGGAAUGUUGAAGCCAACCUGGCAUGAGGGUCAUUUAAGCAAAGAUGCUCAUAACACAAUAGUAAAAAAAGCAGUUGACAAGGUUCUUAGCAGUUUGCGGCCUCACCAAAUUCCAGUUACAACGGAAUCUGCCAAGCAAUACCUGUCUCUGUCCCAACCAAAAAUUGCCAAGCUAGUCAAGGGGUAUAUUGAAAGAUAUGGCAAAUCUUGAGAUGCGAGGGAGAAAGCUUCUUCAAUUUGUAAAGUUUUCUGCAAAUAUUAAUAUAAACCACAUUUGUACGAUUCUGUGAGUAUGAUCUGUUGUUUAGGCCCCAUAAACUUUUGGGAUUUCAGCUCCUGGAUCAAUUUUGGUUAUAGCUGAGCAGUUUUGUGAACAUUUUUGCACUUUGUUUUUUAGUUUUGUUUAAUCAUCGUUUCUGCAUAUCUUCAUCUGUUAGUUUUGCCUUUAGGUUUCCUUUGUGCAUGAAUGGUGUGUGCUUGUUUGUUUUGUCUGUCAUUGUCAUUGCUGUACAUGGUUUUGUUGAUUGAUGAGGAGUACUUGUCUACUCUUAUAGAAUCAACUAUUAAUUAAUAC